GUUGUUGGGUUGUGCUUGAGUUUGAGCUUAACUAUCCUCAAAGCUUCGGCUGAUAACCGUUUGGCGCUGCUGCGCAGGACCAACCCCUCAUUCGCGUUGCGUUCGCCGGACCGGACGGAGGAGCCUCGCGGACCAUCCAACAAUAGUUAUCGCGACGCGUUCGCCGGUUUAUGUCGCGGGUUGUUCCUUCUUCAUCAAAUUAGUCAGAAUUUUUUAAGGUUGAUUGUUUUUAAUUUUUGCUAAUUUGAAAACAGCGUAAUUUUUUUAUUUUUUGUUUGGUGGUACAAAAAAAAAUUUGUGAAUUUUUGUUGAAAGUAGAAAUUUUAAAUAAUGGUUUGCAGUUUUUGAGGGUGAUGUUUUUUUUCCAUGGCGGGGAUAGAAUGUAGAGUUGACAGUGAGGAUGGUGACCAUUGUCUUAAAGACUCAGGCGGAUUAUGAGGGAUAAAUAUGACACGAGGAGGACUCUACGCGUUGUUCUACUACUCGAGUGCGGCUGGCUGUGCGACCUCUGCAACCCCUUAUUCGCAUCGACCGCGCUGUACAAGACGCUACUGACCGAGUUGAUCUCGGCAGCCAAUUGGGUCAAUGUUGUCUGUGAACGAUACCAGAGUGAUGCCUCCAAGCUUCCACCACUGUAAAAACUAAACCAAAGCAACAAAAGACGCUCAGAAAACUCCAAACCCGAAAAUGAGAUAAUGAAAUAGUGAGUGAAAUAGAAUAGUGAUAGCCGCGAGUGUGAAAUAGUGAUAAUGAGACGAGGGUUGACCGCGUGUGUUUUGCGUUAGAGGAUUUUGUUGGGUCUUUAACAGUUUUUUGAAAGGCCACGGCUCGAAAAAAGGGAAAGAGAAAUGAAAAGCUGGAAGGGCCGAGGGUUGAGAUACUUGAGGAGAAAAGGGAUGUCGUUGCGGUGAGAUUAAUCGGACCCUGGUGAAUGAGAUGGUGGAGGCGGUUAAUGUUGGUGAUACGCGAGCCCGGAAAGGGAAGUGACGAGGCUGAAGGAGCAAAAGAACCAGAACCAGAACCAGACGGAGAAAAAAAGGGAAGAAGGUGUAGGUAGAGGUGUUGGUUUUAUUGUCGGAGUGGGAACAGAAGUAGAAAUCAGAAGCUUUAAAAAAUGAUUGGCGGAAUUGGGGGUAUCGAUUACCGGCAAAGACAAAAGCAGCCCCAGCUUUGUUGUUUGCUGCUGCUUCGUCUACGAGGGGCGGCUCUCGGAAUCGGAAUUGUCCUGUGCUUAGACGCGAUUUUGCUCUGUGGGGGUCAAAAGCCAAUCAAUCUUGGCGGCGUUAAACGACGGGACGUUUAUAUCGCCGGAUUCUUUCCCUAUGGCAGGCACGUGCCUGAAAGUCACAUCGGACGUGGGGUAAUGCCCUCUGUAAAGCUCGCUGUAGACCAUAUCAACGACAAUCCAGCUAUUCUUAGGAAUUAUCGAUUGCACAUGUGGUGGAAUGAUACCGAGUGUAACGCUGCCGUCGGAGUGAAGGCAUUUUUCGACAUGAUGCACAGCGGGCCUCAUAAAGUGAUGCUGUUUGGAGAUGUCUGCACCCAAGUCACGGAUCCAAUUGCGAAAGCCUCCAAACAUUGGCGCCUAACUCAGUUAAGUUAUGCUGACACCCAUCCAAUGUUCACGAGUGACAACUUUCCGAAUUUCUUCAGAAUAGUGCCAUCUGAAAACGCUUUCAAUGCACCGAGAGUGGCAUUAUUAAACCACUUUAACUGGACGAGAGUCGGAACAAUUUACCAAAACGAGCCUCGAUAUGCACUUGCACACAACAGACUGGUUGCUGAUCUUGACGAUAACAAUCUGGUAGUUCUGGAAACCCAGAGCUUCACCACGGAAGUGAGUACCGCACUGGAAAAGCUAAAACAUGCAGAUGUUAGAAUAAUACUCGGAAACUUUAAUGAAGUUUGGGCCAGGAGGAUAUUUUGCGAAGCUCAGAAAUUUCACAUGUUCGGGAGGAAAUAUCAGUGGAUUAUAAUGGGCACUUUUGCUGAAGAAUGGUGGUUGAAGCCCGACGGUGGUUGUGCACCAUCAGAGCUCGUUGAAGCACUACAUGGCGCUAUUCUCACUGAUUUAUUGCCAUUGUCAACAGACCGACAAAUCACUGUUUCGGGAAUUACCCCAGACGAGUAUCAAGUGGAAUACGACUCCCGUCGAGGUAACGAAUACUCGAGAUUCCAUGGUUAUACAUAUGAUGGCAUCUGGGCAGUGGCUCUGGCGAUCCAACAUGUAGCACGUAGAAUCCGGCACUUUAGAAGAAAUCAAACGGUUGCUGACUUCAAGUACCGAGAUCCACUUUGGGAAAAGCUCUUUCUCGAAGCUCUGAGGAACACUAGCUUCGAAGGAGUUACUGGUCCCGUUCGGUUUUACGACAACGAGAGGAAGGCCUACAUCCUGUUGAAGCAAUUUCAGAGUGGCAGCGAGGUUAAAGUAGGCGAGUACGAUGGUGUCACUGAUACCCUGGAUCUACAUCGAGGUCAGCCAAUGGUCUGGCGUGGUCGAUCGCCCCCAAAGGACCGAACCGUCCACGUCAUCGAGCACUCAACUGUCAACAUCACUAUUUACGUGACGAUUGCUUCCGUAGCCAGUGUAGGUAUUUUGCUGGCUGUGGUGUUUCUCGCCAUCAACAUCAGAUACAGGAAUCAAAGGUACAUAAAGAUGUCAUCUCCACACCUGAACAACCUCAUUAUUGUGGGAUGCAUGCUGACUUACAGCAGCGUGAUUUUCCUUGGUCUCGAUUCAACAUUAUCAAGUGUUCAAGCCUUUCCCUACAUAUGUACAGCCCGAGCCUGGCUAUUGAUGGCCGGGUUUUCGCUUGCAUUCGGCGCAAUGUUUUCUAAAACAUGGCGUGUUCAUUCUAUAUUCACCGAUGUCAAGCUGAAUAAGAAAGUCAUCAAAGAUUAUCAGCUUUUCAUGGUUGUUGGCGUACUUCUAGUCAUUGAUCUAGCAAUAAUGACAACCUGGCAAGUUGCUGAUCCAUUUUACCGAGAAACUAAACAAAUGGAGCCUUAUCCUCACCCAUCGAGCGACGAUAUUGUUAUGAUUCCAGAGAACGAGUACUGCCAGAGUAAUAGGAUGACUAUUUAUCUCGGCUGUAUUUACGCCUACAAAGGCCUAUUGAUGAUAUUCGGUGCUUUUCUCGCAUGGGAAACUCGGCACGUAAGCAUACCAGCGUUAAAUGACAGCAAGUACGUUGGAAUGAGUGUUUAUAAUGUUGUAAUAAUGUGCGUCACCGGUGCGGCUAUCAGUUUUGUCCUCGCUGAUAAACAGGAUACUAUGUUUAUAAUGCUCUCGAUAUUCAUUAUAUUUUGCAGCACCGCUACAAUCUGCCUUGUUUUCGUACCAAAACUCAUUGAAUUAAGGAGAAACCCACAAGGAGCAAUCGAUAAAAGAAUUCGAGCAACUCUGCGUCCCUCAUCAAAAACGCGGCGAGACUCGACGGUCAGUGAGCUGGAGGAACGUUUGAAGGAUGUUACAACCGCUAAUCAAAAAUUCCGCAAGCAGCUCUUGGAAAAAGAGUCUGAACUUCAAAUAUACCUGAGCAAACUCGGGGAUGAGGAUCUCUUACGAGAUACAAAAGAAGCAAUGGACAGAUUAUCAGUACCGAGAAAUGAAACUUUGAUAAAAAAAGAAGAACUCACAAUCCAGAGGCAUGAUACUCAAAAUCACAAAGGGGUAUCGAUGGUCACUGAAACUACUGACGUUUCAAUGUCACUGUGCAGUUUGAAUUCAACAACAGUUUCGCAACCGGAGAGUGAAUAUGUUAAUGUCAUUGCUUCAAGCAAUCAACCAACAGCUAGGAAACGAGCGUCCUUUGGAAAAGUUACAAUAGACAAUGAGCGAACAACAUUAUUACCUCAAGCAAUGAGUUCCCCAACAACAAAUCAUUACAAAAAAUCACCGAACAAUAACAAUACCAUUAACAAUAACAAGAAGAAUAAUAAUAUUAAUAAUACAGAAAACCAAGAGACUGAGCCGUUGCUUAUUAAACGUAGUCCUGAGCCCAGGAUUAUGACGACAAAUGUUAACGGCGACAAGAAAUCUUCAGCUUUAACAGUUACGUCAGUAUCUUUGCCGACGACAACAUCGAUACUAACUUCUACAUCCGUAGCUCUUAAAAAGUCCGGUGAGUUCGCAGAGGAGCCACAUGCACAUGAGAAAACUAAAGAUACUAGUGUGGAAAAACGAGCUAAGCUCCCUACACCACCUCCACCGACUAAAAAUGUAUCUUUUGGGGAACUAAGGGAGGAUAACUAUUUGGAUCAGGCGAUACUACCGCCGCCAGUGCAAUUUGUACCUAAACAUCGGCAUACGCCACAUCAUCAUCAAACCCUAGCAAAGCGUCGAUCAUCUGUAAAAAACAACGGUCUAGCACAUUCACAUCACGAGCUUUUCGAAAAGCGUCGCACUAGCGUGCCAGCAAAUUCAAUAAGCUACAUAUCCACGGAGAAUAUAUCUAAAGUGGACGCUUUGAAUGACGAGUCACUGAGCAGUUUUGAUCGCACAUACGUGAUUGGGGAAUGCGGGCACCGAAGAGCCGCAUUGGGCGGUGGGACCGGUUAUCGGUGUGAAAAACACGGUGGAGGACGUCUACUUCACACUCAUCACAUUUCAAAUGGCUCGGCGGAUAUUUCCGGCACUAAUACACGAGUAGUCUCAAAGCAUCAUCGUGAUCGCGAUAACUUACAGUACUGCAAAAACGCAAGCUCACCUAGUGUUCCGGCAAUGCUUAAUACCAGUUACUCUGAUACCGAAAAAACGGAGGAUUCAUCGGCAAUAAUCCAACGAUCGGUGUCGGAAAAAUCCCGCGAAAAAUGCUCAAGAUCACGAACCAGUACCGCAGGUACCAGCACCAUCCUGACGGCCUCCAGUGGCCACCACCUGACAGCUGGACCAGUGGAGUGUCGCCAUCGAACUCAGCCGCGAAAGCACCGGGAGUGUCGUCAUACCGAAUCACGUCUUCGGCAGCAAGCACGUCUUGAGUACGUUCAAAGUAGCCCUAAUGUUGCGACAACUGUCCACAGCGGUAAGUUUGUCAGUGCAAAUCCCCGAGGAGGCGGAAUUACAACUAGUGGUGGACGUGGUGCCAUUAACUGCGGACACUCUGGUUUAGGAGACUCUCUAGGAUUGGGGAUGGGGGGAAGUGGGAGUGCUAUGGGGGGUAGUGAACUAGUUGUAAGAGACGAAACAACUUCAAAUCCUGACGGAGUUGCCAGUGGAUCCACUGCGAACCUCACGAAUAUGUGCAGUGCCGCGUCUGACGGAGAACUUCUAGACCGUGAAAUACUGCCGAUAUUCCAAAAAUUGCUCUCAGAGAGACACAAGAGUACAGGCGGUGCUUAUGGCUCUAAUAUCGCAAGCUGUCCUAAUAUAUCAAUUAAGUGUGACAUUGUCGAGUAUCUUUAACGCUUUCUUAUUAUUUAUUGUUAUUAUUAUUAAUUACAUUCAUAUUAAUAUUGAUAUUGAUAAUAGAAGAAAGAAAUUAAUACUAUUCUUACACAGUAAAAAGUUUUUCGACUGAAACUUCUGUUUAUUUCUUAAUAACGUUUCGACUAUAUCUGCCUGACUAUAACCGACUUUUUCUACUUAGAAUUUAAUGAAAGAGAUUCAAAUACAAGUCAGUCUAAAUUUUACUUAGAAUUUUUAUAUAAACUGUUUUUAAUGAUAUGAGGUAAGUUUCAUACGAGUUAAUGGGCUUGUAAACACGAUAACUUUUGAAAUGUAAUUUUAUAACCUAAUUUUUCGUUAAAUCCUUUCAUAUGAUCAACGUGAAGAACCUUUUUAAAAAUUCUUGCUCAACAUUGUUUUGUUUAAUUAUAAUAAAUAUAUUUUGACUAGAAGUGACAACCAAAUUUUUACCCUUCGAUCAGUCGUGCUGUUUAUUUUUAGGUAUCAAUUUAAUAGAUGCAUAUUCACCUGAGAUCGUGAUUGAGUUAUUACACUUUCGACUAUGGUUCGAAAUCACCAGAAAGUGACGUGGUGUCUACAUGGCGGGUCUUUCAAAACUAAACUUUAGAAAAUAUUUACUUUAAAAAUACUACUUAUUGUGUACUUAGACAUUUAUAAAUUCAUAUUACCUUGAUAAAUUUUAUUUUUAUUCUCAAUAUUUAUUUUGAUUCUUUAAUAUUUAUACAAAUUCUUUCAUACCUUUUCGCUACGUAGUACAAUUCAACUUCCUUUUUUUUCAAUCGACCUUUACAUUAAAAUAUUAAAAUUGAAGUCUAGAAGUUUUAAAUGAAAAAUUUUUUAUUGUGCAGUCACAUUGCAGUCGUCAUUACAAUAUAAUGAUUUAACCGUCAAUUAUAAAUACAUACAUUAUAUAUUAAUAUAAUAAUUGAUCAUAUAUGUAUAUAUUUAAAAUAAAUAUAUGAACUUUUAAUUAAUAUUAAUAAUUAAUAUAUUCGCAUAUGCGAAUACGCGGGUGUUGCCAAUGAUUUUUCACGAUUUGAAUAUAUAUAUGUUCGUUAUUAUUAAUAUAUAAAUAAAUAUUUAAAUAUAAGUAUAAAUAUAACUAGUCAGGUUAUAUAACUGUAGGUUGCGAUGAUAUCAAUAUACAGUAACUUAUCAAAUUUUUCAUUUCUUCCCACUCAUCUGUACAGUCAAAAUAAUUUUGUUAUCUCAGAGGUUAUGCUACAAAGUGAUAAAAAAAUUCAAUAUUAUUUAUUUAUUAAAUUUUAAAUUAUUGUUAAAAAAUUACAAAGUUGAACUAUAUAAUGUUGUUAAUAGAACAGAUUUAUUUUGAUGGUGGAGAAAUGUACUAGAUGUUAUAAGAUACGACAAUGUUCCUUGGUCUAACUAACCUAAAAAAAGUCAAUAUAUUAUUGUUAUUACUAUUAUUGAUAUCUACCAUUGUUUCUGGCAAUUAAUUCUGACGUAAAAUUGUUUCAAAUUGUGUUAUUGUUUCUAAUGUAAAAUUUUAUAAAAAUUCUCUUAUCUGUAGCAUUUCUUCUCAAAAAUAAACACAAAAAUCUAUUUAUUAUUUAACCCACUGAAGAAAUCGAAUACAUGUAAUGAAACGUGUUGUACAAUCUAACAUAUAUGCUAACGUAGAAAAAGUAAAUUUUUCUGUCUAUACCGAUGAAUGGUUUAUUUUUCCUGCGACCGGUAAGGUAGUUGGUAGUGUUAAGGUGAUUAAUAUAAUGACCGUAAAUUAAGUAAAAUAAAAUACGAAUAAAUUGAUUGAAAUAACGAAUUAGUUGAUUGUAAUAGCAAUGAAUUUAUGGAUAUUAAUUGCAGUGAUUAUUAUUUUAUUGAGGACAAGUACUUAAGUGAUCAAUAAAAUGUACUUAAAUAUAUGUCUUUACAUAUAUUUACUACUGGAAUAAAUAAUAUUAACGGCCGAUAAAGUAUAUUUAAGGUUAUUAGUAUCUCUUGCUAACUUGAUUAUUAAUAAGAUAUGAAAAAAUUUUUUUUUAUUUAUUGUACUUAGGUAUUUACGUUUAUAUAUAAAUGAUGUGGAGUGAUUGCCAAAUCAUUGCAGUUAAAAUAUUUGCGAUUAUGUUUACUAAAAUUGGACAAUAAUAACCAAUAACGUCUCAACUAACAAUAUCGUAAAUAAGCAUUUUUGAACGGGAAUAUGCCAUCUAAAAAAUUUUGAAAAAUAUGUUGGUUAAGACGUUAUUGGUUAUUAUUAUCCAAUUAUUGAAAUUUACUGAAUUUUUUACCAAAAGUCAAUGAACGAAGCGAUGCAAAAUGGCGCGCUAAUGACUUGUAAAGCUUAAGUUUGUAAAGAAACAAAAUGAAGAAAAAGCAAUUAUUGAAACUAUUGAGUCUUCAAUUUUUGUCGGGUUCAAAAUUUUUUGAAUAAUUUUAAAAAAUUAUACCCUGAUAGCUUCACUGUUAAAGAACAUGCAGUUCAAUAAUUUUAGAAAAGUUUACGUAAAGUCUUUCUGAAUCAGAGUUGCAUAUAAUUUGAUGAAAAAAAUCUACGGCCAAGAUUAGAAUGCAAUUUGACCUUAACCUUUUAGAUCACUUUUACUACAACUUUCUGAAAGAACUUGCACAUUAAAUCUUGACAUCAAAUGGCAGAGCAAAUUUCUGUCAACUUAACUGAACCUCUUGUUUUUUCAACUCUUUACGUUAAGCUGGAUGCCGAUUCCAAACGCCGAUCGACGGCGAGUUUCAGUUAGCAUAGCUAUCAGGAUAAAUUUGCUAAGUCAGAAAAGAAGAAAUCUAAAAAAAAACAAAUCAUGAUUGUAAAAUUGUAAAAAAUUGAACAAAAAAUUUUAAUUCAAAUGGGCACUAAUUGCAACUCUGUAAUUUGGCAACACCUCCAUAUAAAACAUGAACAUAAUGAUAUAAGAAAUUGUACAACUAAAAAAUGAAGAAACUUUAGCAAGAGAUUUCGUAUGAAUGUAAAAAAAUUAAAUCAUUAAAAAUAAUGGAUCGUCGAUCGAUCAAUCGUUUCGGCAGCUGUUACUCGUUAAUUAAUUAAUUGCACCUAUAAAUAUAUACAAAUAUAUAAACAAAUAUACAUUAUAAUUAUUAAUAAUAAAUCAAUAAAUAAAUAAAUAGAGAAAAAUAAUCGAUAGAGAAGAAAGCAAUGAAUUUAUUGACGAGUGAUAUUAAUGCCACUCUCUUAUAUAAUUUUUUGUAAAUUUUAAUAUUGUUAAAUGACAUUCCUAUAGAGUGCGAUGUCUUGUUCCUUGUUCAUUCAUUUUUUCUACUCUAAAAUAUAAAUGAAAAGAUAUUUAAAGAAAAGAAAAGAAGAAAACACAAUUUUCGAGCCAAUUUACUUAAAUCGUCAUUAGCUCAGGUACCCGAGUCAUUAAUCAUUGAUCAUUAAUCAUCAAUCAUUUUCGUUAGUGGUCGAAAAUUAAUCGUUACAGCCAUUAUUACUAUUAUUGUGAAAAAAAAAAUAUAUUACCACCAUGACUCGUUAAAAUGUGACAAUUUCUCACGAGCUGGUUCACUGGUUAUGAUAUUUAUAGUCAUGUAAAUAAAUAAAGUGAAUUAACCUCGUUAAUUAAUUAACAAAUUGAUCAAUUAAUUGUACUUCUCAUUUUCAUUCGCGAUAGUUUUUUUUGUUGUUGAAAUUCCGAUUCUAACAAAUUAACAGCAUGUUGAAUUUUUUUCUUUAUUUAUUAUUAUUAUUAUUAUUAUUAUUAUUAUUAUUAUUAUUAUUAUUAUUAUUAAUGAAAUAAUUAAACUGACAUGACGUAAAAAUUAUUGUGAUACUGUUGAGUUUACUUUGUACAAGUACCUAUGCAUUGUUAUUAUCCUCAUCAUUAUAUCACCACGUAAUACAUUUAAUAAAUGUUUAUAAAAUGAAAUGUAUGAUUCGCAAGAGAGAAAAAGAAGCGAUUAAAUAUAUAUAAUAUGGUUAAGAA